CACCUAAAAGAGUCGGUUCGUUCGAGAGCGACCAGCAGGGCUUUCUCACCAUGAAGGUUAAGCACGACAUGAAAAGAUUGCGCCAUGACGCGACGUUCUAUUUCAAUAUACUGUUAAAACAGACACUGGAUUUUAUCGUGAAAGUCUUAGGCGCUGUAGGUCUUAAUAUUUAACGCCGUUAGAAAGCUUAUUUAUAGCGCUUUUUUUUUCAUUCCUAAGGUUUCCCCACACCGACUUUUAUUUCACAGAGAAUGCUUUUAUUUAGGUUUGGGGUUGUGUUGACCCCCGAGCGCUCGGAUAUCGAGGUGUUUGUAUCGGGAUCCCGUCCGGAGCUCGGCCACUGGGACGCCCAGAACGCGGUACCGAUGAAACCGACGCGGACGCUGGCGUCUGGGUGCGACCCCUGCCUGUGGCUCGGGGAAGUGCAACUCAGCGAGCCGUACAGAGAAAAAUUCUGGUUCAAGUUCCUUAAGCGGAUUGAUGGGAAUUAUAUUUGGGAAGGUAAUGGCCCACAUCACGAUCGGGAGUGCGUGUAUGACCAAAGCAACAUGGUGGAUGGUACGUACUGUCACCCCAUCGGUCACUGGAUCGAGGUGAACGGCCACACGGACGAGAUGAAGCACACGACAGACUUCUAUUUCAGCGUCGCUGGACAACAGGCCAUGCACUUUUCCAAGAUUUUGCCCCAUGUCUGGCUGGGCAGUUGCCCUCGGCGUGUCGAGCAUGUCACCCUGAAGCUGAAGCACGAGCUGGGCGUCACAGCCGUGAUGAACUUCCAGACGGAGUGGGACGUUGUGAACAACUCUCAUGGCUGCCGCUGUAACCCAGAUGAGCACAUGACCCCGGAGAUCAUGAUGCACCUGUACAGAGACUGCGGUAUGGCUUACGUCUGGAUCCCAACCCCUGACAUGAGCACUGAGGGACGCGUGCGGAUGCUGCCCCAGGCCGUGUACCUGCUGUAUGGGCUGCUGGAAAAUGGUCACAGCGUGUACGUGCACUGUAACGCAGGCGUGGGUCGAUCCACAGCUGCUGUGUGCGGCCUGCUCAUGUACGUGUUCGGCUGGAGCCUCAGGAAGGUGCAGUACUACCUCACAGCCAGGAGGGCGGCGGUGUACAUUGACGAAGAAGCUUUGGUACGAGCACAGGAUGACUUCCUGCUGAAGUAUGGACGUUUACGUGCCCCGGUAUGCUGUUCUGAAAUGCAGGCAGGAGGACAAUGUUAGAUAAAUUGAAUUUGAGUGUACAACUAUGCUAAGAAAAUUAUGUAUUCUUGUUUUAUUACUUUUUUUAAUUUAUUUAAUUUGUUGCAUCCUUUUACUCUUUUUACUCUUCCGUUUUAAUUUCAAUUUUUUUUCCAGCUUCUUUACAGAUCUGUAACUCCUCUCUUGUUUUGAUCUGAAUCACCUCUUGUUUUUUUAGUACAACAUGUUUCUUGGAAAGAUUCCUCCCCUUUUCAUCUUAUCAGCCUCCCCCUAUCUUGUUCCUGACAAAAUGGUCAUUUUGCAAAAGGGCACCUUGGAGCCGUUGGCAGCUCGGCUGCUCGUGUGCGCAGCCGUUAUCGUUAUUCCGUGGACCGAUUUUCCAAAUUUAAUAUCCUGCUAAAUCAUUUUGUGAGUACUCAGCACAGUGGCUAUAUUUAGAUCGGACCUUUCGCUCACACCAAUGCAGGUUAUGAAAACAGCCUGGCCUUUUGAAUAAAUAGGUGGCAAUUCUGUCACCGUCCAUGAAGGCUUAUCGAGGGGAAAAAUACUCAAAGAGGAGAAGCUGGUAAAUUAUUCAGAAGAGAGAGAUUUUAAAUUCAGAAAACAUCCUGUUCUCACUUGUGUUCUGUCUCAGCAAAGAAGAAAAAAGUCUUUUUUGUUCUGUCUGUCAUCCAUCUGCUCCUGCUUCACAGCACCGUUUUAAAACCCUCAUUCAUUUCAUCUGUUUAAUUCGUCCCUCCAUGUUAGAGUUCAGCAUGUCUUUACUUUAGAGCAGUUUUAGAGCAGCUACGUUUCCUGCAGACAAGGUUCAGCAGAGCUGUAGUGCUGUGAUUCAAACCCCAGUGUUCAAUGGGGUACAAGUGAGCUCUUAAAACCAAUGGGUCAGGGUGUGUCAUGAGUGUGUGUCUGUGAGGUGAGUGUAUGGGUGAGUGUGUCUGUGUGUGUGUGUGUGUGUAUGUAUGUAUGUAUAUAUGAGUGACUGUGUAUGAGUGUGUGUGUAAGUGUGUUUGUGAGAGUGUGCGUGUGUGUGUGUGUAAAGCCAGAUUUGUGCCACAUUCUUUCCAUCUCGUAAUAAUGGGUUUGUGAGAAGUUUAAAGACUGAUACUUUUAGUCUUAAUGAUGCUGUUUGUUUCAGCGUGUUUUCUAAUAAUAUAAUCUAUUUCUGUUCAGAUCACAUGACUCCUACAUAAAUGUAAAUAAUUACAUGACUUCUGAAGACAAAAGAACUAAAGCACUUACAACAAAGGGGGUGAAUACUUAUGCAAAUACAGUUUUAUUUUGGAACAAACUUAUCAGCUAUAUAGAUUUGUCACCCCUCUUUAAUAAUAAUAUUAAUAUGUGUUUAUUUUGUGUAAAAAAAAAACUUACAUAAUAAAAUUUUAUCAGAAAUAAUGGGGGGGGGGUGAAAACUUCUGCAAGGCCCUGUAUCUGUGUGAAUUUUUAUGGUGAAGAAUUAUUAGAGUGCAUGUGGCAGUAACACAUUGCGGGUUUGGAAUUUAAAAGCAGUGUAUUAGAUAUUUUAAGAUUUGGUUUCUGAGGAUUUUAUUGAUCUGGCAACCCUGAUCACUACAGAGCAGCAAGUUAUGAAUAUAAAUGCAAACAAAAAACACUGUGAAUGUCUUUGUUUCUUUCUUGCAGCCUGAGGCUGUUUAUAGUCAUGUUUAUAAUCAUUUCUUCGUGCUUGUUUAUGUGAUAUGGAAGCAAAUAACACACUCUCGCUUUGGUAAUGGUCACUACAAAAGAAUCAAAUCCCUGUCUUUAAUUUUAUAGCAGAUUGGAGACGUUUCUGGGUAUUAUCGAGAUGCACAGACCAUAAUCGUUUCUACUGGGUUGUUUGUUUCUAUGGUUUUAUAGAAAUAAUCUGUAGGCAUAACGAUUUUAUAGAAAUAAGCUUUAAAACUGAGAUAUGCAUUGAGGAACAAACAUUGCUUCAGUCUUUUCAUUCAAUGUCAUUUCUUUAUACCAAGCGAUUUAAGGGAAUUAACUUUAUAUUUUGUUCCAGCUCAAAGUGUUUAAAGUCAUCACCUCUUUUUCUACAACACCUCUAAAUGACCAACACGUGUCUGCCAAAGUGCUGUUCAAUUACUACACUAAAAACUACACAAGAAAGUGAAAUAAAUCAAUAAAUGAUUACAGGAAUAAAAAAACCCAGUAAAACCCAAGGUGAAAAUACAGAACAAAAACAAAUAAUAC